GAGGACGGUCGUCUCGCCGACUGUUGAGGGGCCCCGGACCCUUUCCCUCUCCAGAUGCCCCUUUCGCGACCCCACUCUUCAAGGCAGAAGUGCCAGAAGACACAACUCAGUUUCCUGAGCGCGUGAGACCACGUUCAUUCCUGGUCAGUACUCCGGAUGGUCGUUUGUUAAUUUUUAUUUAAGAGUGAUGAUUUUCGUACCUGUAAUUCGUAUUAUUCGCGGGUGCUGUGUUUAAAUAAUUAUUUUGGGGAUUGGGUUAAAAAUUUUUAGUGAGUGGAAUGAACAGAUAAUAGCAGAAUAAUAUCACGCAUAUGGGGAACCAGGAUGCGGUGGAUAGGUUACGUGGCCACGAUUCUCUGGUGGUCGAGCGUCGUUACCUGUCUAAGCACCUUGAACCGAGGUCACAGCUACAAAAUAACUCCAAAGCCGUGUUUAGUGGCUGGAAAAAUUCAGGGGACCUGUAUGUUUGUAUGGGAGUGCAUAAAGUCUCAGGGUACUCACCUGGGGGUCUGCGUCGACACCUUCAUGUUCGGGAGCUGCUGUGUCCAUAACAACCAAACAAACCCUUCUUCCACCACUCCAUCUUCAACUUCAACUUCAGCCUUGACAAUUACCACCAGACGGCCUAGUAACAGGCCAAAAAGGCCCUCGGAGUUCCAGUUCCCCGCGAGGCUUCCCGAUGACGGCAAGAACCAGAUGGUCGAGGAAGACCCAACGAGGCAGCCGUUUUCCCAGACUAGCCAACCGGAUCCGGAUCCAGAAGAGAAUCUUAUUAAUGAGAGAGAUCAGAUUACUUCCGCUUCUGGGGACUCUAUUCGCACUGAAAAGCCUUGGACCAACCCUACCUUCCCUAAAACUGGGAGUUUUGGGUAUGAUAGGCCUAAUUUUGUCUCCAAACCGGAAGCUAAGCCAGUCAAAAUUUGGACGACGACUCCUAGCACGGAAACAGUCCAUUGGACAAUAACAACAGAGCCAGCGUUUAUAACAAAAAAUAAACCAACAAGCCGGCCAUCAAUAUGGUCAUCAUCAUGGACGACAACGGGGCAUCGACCUUGGCCGAGUGACAGCGACCGGGUUGCUGAUGAUGAAGACCAAAAUCUUCCCUUGACGGAUCCGCCGCCCACAUAUCACAAGCCAAUGUCGCAUCCGCCAUCAUCAUCAUCAUCAUCGAUAUCUUCUUCCCAGAGCCAUUACAUCACAACAGCGGACAAACCGACCCGCAGAAAAACCCCUCCUCCCAGAAUAGCGACUACUUUGACUUCCACGCUGCCUUCCUCGACCACAGCGCCAUCUACCACUUCAACUUCUUCAACUUCAACUCCGCCUUCUACGACCAGGAAGUACCAGGGCUCAGUUCCGACAGUUUCCGCUGCGGAAAGCCGGCACGGCCAGUGUGGCGUGCCUCCUCUUUUUCCCCGCCCCGAGACUCGGAUUGUCGGUGGCAAGGAUGCACAUUUUGGGAGGUGGCCUUGGCAGGUCAGUGUCAGGAGGACCUCGUUUUUCGGGUUUUCGAGCACUCAUCGCUGCGGGGGCGCUGUUUUGAACGAAAACUGGAUCGCUACUGCUGGACACUGUGUUGACGACCUGCUGACCUCACAAAUCAGGAUCCGCGUGGGCGACUACGACUUCUCGAGCGUCCAGGAGCGACUUCCUUACGUUGAACGCGGAAUCGCCAAGAAGGUAGUGCAUCCGAAGUACAACUUUUUCACAUACGAGUACGAUUUGGCGCUAGUGAGGCUAGAGACCUCAUUAGUCUUCGCUCCUCAUAUAUCUCCGAUAUGUCUUCCGGCGACUGACGACCUUUUGGUGGGAGAAAACGCAACCGUUACCGGCUGGGGGCGUCUUUCUGAAGGAGGUACUCUACCAUCGGUAUUGCAGGAAGUCUCAGUACCGAUUGUCAGUAAUGAUAAGUGCAAGAGCAUGUUUUUAAGGGCUGGGAGGCAUGAAUUUAUUCCGGAUAUUUUUCUUUGCGCUGGAUAUGAAAAUGGCGGACAAGAUUCUUGCCAGGGUGAUUCUGGGGGACCACUCCAAGUCCGAGGUAAAGACGGCCGAUAUUUCCUGGCCGGAAUAAUAUCCUGGGGAAUCGGCUGCGCCGAAGCAAAUCUCCCGGGUGUUUGCACUAGAAUAUCAAAGUUCGUCCCUUGGAUACUUAAAAAUGUCACAUAAAAAUAAUUAUUUAAUUUAAUUAAUUUAACAGGAUAAGGUUUAUUUAUAAAUU